UAGUGGGUGCCUGCCCCACAAAGCCUAGUUUUUCUGGAGCUCCUGGCCUAGCAGAAGCAACCUGCCAUGCUGCUCCUUCUUUCAGUGCUGGUCCUGCUUGCACAGCCUCUAGGAUACCUAGAAGCAGAAAUGAAGACCUAUUCCCACACAGCAGUGGCCAAUGCUUGCACCCUGGUCAUGUGUGGCCCAGUGGAAAAUGGCCUGCCUGGUCGCGAUGGACGGGAUGGGAGAGAUGGCGCUCGGGGAGAGAAGGGGGAUCCAGGUUUGCCAGGAGCUGCGGGGCAAGAAGGGAUGCUGGGACCACCUGGCCCAGUUGGGCCCAAAGGGGACGAUGGCUGUGCUGGAGGACCUGGACCAAAGGGAGACUCUGGACCACGUGGACCUCAAGGACUUCCAGGUGUGCCUGGUCCAGCAGGGAGAGAAGGCUCCCCGGGGAAGCAGGGGAACAUAGGCCCUCAAGGCAACCCAGGCCCAAAAGGAGAGGCUGGGCCCAAAGGAGAAGUAGGUGCCCCGGGCGUGCAGGGCUCUGCAGGGACAAGAGGCCUUCCAGGGUCUAAGGGAGAGAGAGGUGCCCCUGGUGACCGUGGAGCCCCUGGAAAUGCAGGGGCAGCAGGGCCUCCUGGAGCUGUGGGUGCACAGGGAACUCCAGGUGCCAGGGGACCCCUGGGACUGAAGGGGGACAGAGGAGUUCCUGGAGAGAAAGGAGCCAAGGGAGAAAGGGGCCUUCCAGAUGUCACUGCUCUGAGGAAGCAGGUGGAGGCCUUACAGGGACAGAUGCAGCACCUGCAAGCCACAUUCUCUCAAUAUAAGAAAGCUGAGCUCUUCCCCAAUGGCCGAAGUGUAGGGGAAAAGAUCUUCAAGACAGUAGGCCUUGAAAAACCUUUUGAGGAAGCACAGCAGAUGUGCAUACAUGCUGGUGGACAGUUGGCAUCCCCACGCUCUGAGGCUGAGAACACUGCCUUGCAACAGCUGGUCAUAGACCAGAACAAAAGUGCUUUCCUGAGCAUGACUGACACCAAGACAGAGGGAAAGUUCACCUACCCCACAGGGGAGGGCCUGGUCUAUUCCAACUGGGCCCCAGGGGAACCCAACAACAAUGGCGAGGCAGAGAACUGUGUGGAGAUCUACACCAACGGCAAGUGGAAUGACAAGUCUUGUGGAGAGCAGCGUCUUGUGGUCUGCGAGUUCUGAGCCACUUGGGUAGGGUGGUGCUUGGCCCAGUAGGCUGGCAAGCAAGUCAGUGCCCGGACCUGAGAGCUGCUGACAUCCUAAUAAAAAGGUGACCA